GUUUUUUUUUUUUAUAGAAGAAUUAAACUUUGCCGAUAUUCUGCUAUUAUUAGUCACAACUACAAGAAGAUAAUGAUAAAGCCAUAAUUGCAAGAGUAACUAUUUUCAAAUAUAUAUUUUACAAAAAGGUUUAGAAACACUUGUUUAUGGGGCUGCUACAGGCUCCCAAUUGCGGACUUUUACUUGCUCGUCUUUUUGGUUAUAUCAGCUGCCGUUAAUUGUUAAUGGCCAAAAUGUCUUCUUCAGCUAUAUAUGUGUUGGAUGUAAAGGGUAAAGUUUUAAUUUCGCGUAAUUACCGUGGUGAUAACAUGGAUAUGGCAGUGAUUGAUAAAUUCAUGCCAUUGUUAAUGGAAAAAGAAGAAGAGGGUCUUAUUACCCCGAUCUUGCAAACAACAGAUUGCACCUUUGCCUACAUUAAGACAAACAAUUUAUACAUCGUGUCGACAACACCACGCAACAAGAACGUCAACAUUGCCUUAGUCUUUGUGUUUUUGCACAAAAUCGCGCAGGUGUUCAUAGAAUACUUUAAGGAACUGGAAGAAGAAUCUAUACGUGACAAUUUUGUAAUAAUCUAUGAACUGUUGGAUGAAUUAAUCGAUUUCGGCUAUCCUCAGACAACAGAUUCAAAAAUCUUGCAAGAGUAUAUAACACAAGAAGGUCAUAAGUUAGAAAUACAGCCGCGUAUUCCAUUAGCUGUAACCAAUGCAGUAUCUUGGCGGUCAGAAGGUAUUAAAUACCGUAAAAAUGAAGUUUUCCUGGAUGUCAUUGAGUCGGUAAAUUUGUUAGCCAACGCCAAUGGGAAUGUACUGCGUAGUGAAAUAGUGGGAGCCAUAAAGAUGCGAGUUUAUCUAUCAGGGAUGCCCGAGUUACGUUUGGGUUUAAAUGAUAAAGUAUUGUUUGAAAGUACUGGCCGUGGUAAAUCUAAGUCUGUGGAAUUAGAAGACGUAAAGUUCCACCAGUGCGUACGUUUGUCGCGAUUCGAAAAUGAUCGUACCAUUUCUUUUAUACCACCUGACGGUGAAUUUGAAUUAAUGUCAUAUCGUUUGAAUACACAUGUGAAACCUUUAAUUUGGAUAGAGUCUGUUAUUGAACGUCAUGAACACUCACGUGUCGAAUACAUGAUCAAGGCAAAGUCGCAGUUUAAAAGACGCUCCACCGCCAACAACGUCGAGAUCAUCAUUCCAGUGCCAGCCGAUGCUGACUCACCAAAAUUCAAGACCACGAUUGGCAGCUGUAAAUAUGCUCCUGAGCAGAACGCAGUCAUAUGGACGAUUAAAUCCUUUCCGGGUGGAAAGGAGUACCUGAUGCGCGCUCAUUUUGGUUUGCCAAGCGUAAAGAGUGAGGACAGUAACGAGGGAAAACCGCCAAUACAAGUGCGUUUUGAAAUUCCAUAUUUCACCACUUCAGGUAUCCAGGUACGCUACUUGAAAAUCAUUGAAAAGAGCGGCUACCAAGCUCUGCCAUGGGUGCGUUAUAUCACACAAAAUGGUGAUUAUCAAUUGCGUACUAACUAAUCAGCAAGUACUUAGAGAGAGGACUAUUUUAUCUCCACAUUUGGCAAAUACAAAAAACAGAAAUCUAUAUAUCUAAAUAUUUAAAUGUCAUUCCAAUUGAUCAUUAAGGAAAAAAAACCCGUUCAUCUUACAUAUUUUAUAGCGCGAUUUCAUUUUUACAUAGUUACAGUUAAAGGUGUGCCGUCUAUUUACCCCAGCAUACCUCAGAGAUCUCAACUAAAUGUGUUUAAUUAUAAAACAAAUUGAAACAAAACGUUACUCUUCUUGUCUGAUCAAAUGGAAAAGUCAAAUAUGGUGAACAUAACAGAGCGCUAUUGCAGACCCAUUUAAACAAUUUCUAUCUCUGCUCUGCCUUAUUAUUGCGGCUUUAACAUUAAAACAUAAAUUGAGUACGCAGUUGUUUGUUAACAGAGAUAAACAUUUCUUUGGUCUUAAAAGGUCACAUGUUUUAUUCCGCGCAAAGCACACAACUGUUACUUAACUUACUUUCACUUAGACAAGUCUAUGAUUCUCAACAAUACUUAUUAUUCGAAGGAUUCUAGAGGCAAUUUUCUUGAAGCUCAUAUGUACUAUUUGUUCAGCAUAAAUUUCCUAUCUUUCUUAAAUUUUUCCUCCUGGUUUCCUGAUCUCUCGCAGGACACCGUGGCUUCCCGAUCUCAGCAAGAGCAUAAUUUAGUAAGGUGGUCAUGUAGCUCAGUAUGGUGUCUGAAGUAUGUUGGGCUUUGAAAUUCCUAAAUUGUAAACAGCUCCUCACAGCUGAUCACAGCUUUACGAACCUCGUCAUGUAAAGCUGCUUAAAUUUCCAUUAAUCGAUGCCACAUAAUAUAAUUACAUGGCGUCCCACAUCUCAUGUCGUCUUAUAAGUUUGCUUAAAGCAAGAAGAAAAGAUUUGAAUUUGGAAAAUUUUUCACGGCAAAAUAAAAAAAAUUGUUUUAAAGAAAUCCUUUACAUCCUAAUUACCAAAUAAUUACAUAAGGAGUCAGCAAAUACGAAGUCUUGGCACCCAGUAGUGAAAUUGUUUCUUAGUUCGAGUCAUAAAUUCUUUUUUUUCAACUUUCGACUUCCCCUACUUUCUCCACAUGGCAGUAAACAGGUGAUUGCUAUAUAUUCAACCUUUUCGCUAAAAUAUUGAAUUGAAAAGCUUGCUGUCAAGACCGGAAGAAGAAUGGAAUUCGGCAAACAAAUUUUUAACUGAGCACUUAUUAGCACUUCACCCUAAUUCACCAUUUGUCUCCUUAGCACUGUUCCAUUUUCUCCUGUGAUUUAUAGUAGGAAGACGCGAACAUUGACUGAUUCUGCAUUGGAAGUUAAUUAAGGCUCGAUUUAAUAUAGCGUUCGAAAAUUGUAUAUACUGCGCCUUACAGAUAUCCAAAAUAAAAAUAUAUAAAAAAAAAAACUACAUUUUUAACCGACACGUCUAACAAACUUCUGAACUUUCGGGUGUACAAUUAUAAAUAUUUCAUUACUGUAAAAAACAAGGAAAACUGUAUAUAUCAAGUCCGUUCAUUAUAAAAAUUUUAUAUAUAUAUGCAAUUUUAAAGUCUUAAUUUACUAAUAAAUGCACUUUCUGUGAGUCUUAUUGAGUUGAAUAUUCGACUACAUAACAAACAAUAAUAUACGUAAUUUAAGGAGAAAAGAAAAUUAAGAUACAGAAUUAAUUUUAGCUAUACAAUAAUCAUUACAAUGCAUAAAUUCGUAUUCGCAUACUAAUAAUAUUACAAAACAAUAAAUACGUAAAACACUUUGUCACCAAUUA